AUGGAAGCUAUUUUCGUCACCAAACCAGCUUCUCAUUCUCACUUCAAACCUAAACUCUCUUCAAACCCCAAACACUUCCUUAAACGACAACCCUUUCUCCCCAUCCGCCACAACCCCACGCGCUUCCGCCACAUCACUGCCGCACUACAAAACCAACAACAAGCAGCUUCUAAGGAAACCGAAGACGAGUCCUAUGGCGAAGUCAAAGGCAUCAUCGGCAGCAGGGCACUCGACACCGCAGCCGGAAUGGAGUACCUCAUCGAGUGGAAAGACGGCCACGCGCCUUCCUGGGUUCCGGCCGACUUCAUCGCCAAAGACGUCGUCGCCGAGUACGAGACCCCGUGGUGGACAGCCGCGAAGAAGGCCGACGAGUCCGCGCUGAGGAACAUCCUCGACUCCGGCGACGGCCGCGACAUCGACGCCGUUGACGCGGACGGCCGUACAGCACUUCUCUUCGUGUCGGGACUUGGUUCGGAGCCGUGCGUGAAGUUGUUGGCUGAGGCCGGCGCGAAUCUGAACCACCGCGAUCGCAGCGGCGGUCUUGCGGCGUUGCACAUGGCGGCGGGGUACGUGAGGCCCGGCGUGGCAAAGCUGCUUCUGGAUCUCGGCGUGGAUCCCGAGGUGGCGGAUGACCGCGGAAGAACCGCGUUGGAUCUGGCGCGGGAGAUUCUGAAGGCGACGCCGAAGGGGAAUCCGAUGCAGUUCGGGCGCAGGAUUGGACUCGAGGGAGUGGUUAGGGUUUUGGAAGGAGCUGUGUUCGAGUUCGCGGAGGUGCAGGAGAUUCUGGAACGGAGAGGGAAGGGAGAGAAUUUGGAGUACCUUGUAUGGUGGAAGGACGGUGGUGCGAAUGAAUGGGUGAAGGCGAAGUUUGUGGCGGAAGAUCUGGUCAGAGACUACGAGGCUGGCCUUGAAUACGCCGUGGCCGAGGCGGUGCUUGCAAAAAGGAUAGCCGAUGAAGGGACGCCGGAGUUUUUGGUUAAAUGGGCCGAUUUGGAAGAGCCCACUUGGGAGCCCCAGGAGAAUGUGGACCCUGACCUUGUCAAAGCGUUCGAGGAAACUAACAACCAAGCCCAGCCCAGUAGUAAUGGGCGCACUGUCGUUGUUUCCAAUCAAGAUAGCCCGUAA